AUGGAACAAUUCCUACGUCAGCGAAUUGAUUGUCCGCCAUCAGGCGGCACACGAACCUUGCUGGAAGAAAAGGAUGGCAUCAUCAAACGACAACAAGAUGAAUUAAGUAAAUUACAAACUCAAUUAAAAUCCAUACAGGCUGAGCGUGAUUAUUUACUUUCAUUACUUUCCAAUGACCAACAAUCAAAUAUCAAUAAUCAUACGAUUGUUCAACAGUCGGUAACAAAGAUGACAAAUCAUGUUGACAUUCGUUCAUCGUCAUCAGCAUCGACAACGACGUCAGCGAAUGGAUCUGUUAAUGCUUAUGAACUAUCACAAGACCUUCAUGAUAAACAAAUUGAAAUGUUAGAACGUAAAUAUGGUGGAAGCUUGCGAUGUCGUCGAGCAGCAACGAUUAUUCAACGUGCAUAUCGAAAAUAUAAACUAGAACAGAAUUUUCGGCAUUUACGAGCAACAAUGAAAACAAAUAAACGUUUAUCAUGUACAUUUCUUGAUAAUAACAACAACAAUAGUAUAGCGAAUCAUCCUCAUCCAAUUCAAAUGAUCAAACCAUUGAAACCGUGUUUGAGAACGACAGCCAGAUCUUCUGUGCCGGCUCUUGCCGAUGAUUUAUUAAAUUGUUCGACAAGUUCAUCAUCGUCGUCGAAUACACCGACCAAUUCGGAUUCUCUGUCGUUGAAUUUCGCUGACCGUCAUUUAGAUUUGCCAUCAAUCAAUUUCGAACACUUUAUCGAAAGCACGAAACAACAACAGAAUAAAAACCGCAAACGUGUUUGUAUUGUCACUGAUACCCCGCCGAGCCAUCGCAAACAUUCUGAACCAAUUGAUAAUGUCAGCGAUUUUGUCGAUGGAAAUUCUCACAAACCAUUCAUGUUAAUCGAAUCUAACAAUAAAACUUCUAUAUCGUCAAAUGGACACAAUGGUCUACUUAAAACGCAAUCACCUUCGCCAACAAAUGAUUUCAAUUUCUAUACGAAUUUAACUGAUUCGCCUAUUCAUCUACGCAAACUUGCUUCACAAAAACCAACGCCACCACUUCGUAGUUUAUCGUUAAAACCUCGUCCAGCGUUGAUUUCAACGACGAAUUCAUUACCAUCACCAGUAUGGAAAAGAAAAACUUCGUUAACGAUAACAACAAACGAGAACGACUUCAACGACUUUUCCCUUGAAAGUCCAAACCGUUCCUUUGCACAACGAAUCAGUCCAUCAUCAACAACCAGCUCGGAUCGUGAUAAUAUGAGUCUUCAAUCAACAAGUAGUGGUUCGAAUUCAUGUUCAUUAUCGAAUAGUCUUGAACUGCACCACCACCAACAACAGCCACUACUUAUCCAACAUCAACCAGUUUUACAUGGACAUGAACGAACAUCAAAUAUACGCAUGAAUGAAACUUAUCGUCGACGUUGCUAUCGAGCAGGGCUGAACAUUUUCAAUAAAAAACCCGAACGUGGCAUUCGGUAUCUGAUUGCUCAUCGUUUCCUUGAACCGAAUCCGCAAGCAGUUGCACGAUUUUUACUUUCACGAAAAGGUCUAAGUCGACAAAUGAUCGGUGAAUACCUUGGUAAUCUUCAAGAUCCAUUCGCGAUGCAAGUUCUACAUGCUUUUGUUAAUGAAUUCCAUUUCGACGAUAUGCCUAUCGACGAAGCGUUGAGAAAGUUUCAAUCGUCAUUUCGAUUGCCAGUAUUUGGACAACGUUAUUGCGCAACAAAUCCGACAACAUCACCAUCGUCGAAUGUCGAUACCAUAUUUAUAUUAGCUUUUGCUAUUAUCAUGCUGAAUACAGACCUUCACAGUCGGAAUAUCAAAUCCGAGAGGAAAAUGCGUCUCGAGCAAUUUAUAAGAAAUCUUCGGGGUAAGACUAAAUGCAUUUCGAUGUGUGUAUCUCUAUAA